AUGGUUGCAAGUGCCAAAACAACUGGAUGUUCUGCAAAGUUAAAUGGCGGUUUACCGAAGAAGGAGCCUUUGUACCUUCGUCUUAAGUCCAAAAAAAUCGAACUAUUCCAUCCUGAAGGACCAACAAUUGAGUUGAAGAAAAGUGAACAAUUGGUGAUCGCAUGCUCCGGCAGUAAAAAUUAUAUCACGCCACUGAAAAAUUCCUCCAGCGUAGCAUACGGUAGAUGCCGUUCAGAAGAUGUCCUGAAUUUUGGUAAAAAUUCCAGUUCAAUCUCGGAUUUGGCUUGUGAUAAGACAAUAACCGGUGACAUUAUCACAUCCAAGGAUAAAUGUACAGGAGAUGGCACUUGGAGUUACAUUGGAUUCGAUGUCCGAGAUGACCAGGUUGGAUUUGUGCCUUUGUACAAAGUUUGCUAUGACCAGAAGACUGGAUCGGUUGUGUACACUGAACAUACGAUUUUUGGAACUUCUAUCGCAGAUAGCGAAAAGGAAUCCUACCGACCCAGUUUUAAAUCCACCGGCACCCCGAAGCACGUGUCCCCGGCCGAGGCCUACAAGCAGGAAACCCAGAAGGAAAUAUUUGCCGAAUUGCUGGGAUCAUCGCAACUGGCAGAGAAAUAUUUCGAGGGCGCCAACGCCUUUUUAGCGAGAGGACACAUGUCUCCCGAUGCAGAUUUUACAUUCGCCAUUUGGCAAUAUGCCACCUACUUCUAUGUCAAUGUUUGCCCACAAUGGCAGGCCGUGAAUGCUGGAAACUGGUUACGUGUAGAAAAUCUAGCAAGAAAAUUGGGAUCUUCCAGAGCUGAAGAUUUGACCGUCUAUUCAGGUGUCCAUGAUAUCCUAACUCUGCCUGAUGUCAAUAACAACGAAGUAAAAAUGUCUAUUGCCAAAGACGGAAACAUUUGGAUACCCAAAUGGAAUUGGAAAAUAGUACAAUCGCCAAAAACUGGAGAAGGCAUUGCUUUUGUUACCCUCAAUAAUCCUUAUGCAGAGAAAGUUCCUCAUAAAGAUCUACUCUGCAAGGACAUCUGCAAAGAAGCUGGAUUUGAAGAUUCCUAUUUUGCUGAUUUAACUAGAGGAUACACAUAUUGCUGUAAUGUAGACGAUUUGUUGGCUGCUGUUGAAACUGCUCCCAAAGUUGAAGUUAAAUUGUUGAUGAAAGCGUGA